AUCACACUGCACGAACCAGAGGAAGAUACAGUUCUCUACGACAUCUUCAUGUCCGAGUUCUUCAGGGAACAUCAUCGUCAACGUCUGAGAACAUGAACAAACGAAAACUGAGUCUCAGGUGGUUUGGGAGCCUCGCCAAUAUCUCCUCCCGCCGCCAGUCCAAGGCCGACAUCAAGGCCGACCUCACGGCCGACAUCAAGGCAGCCCCGAAGCAUGAUGGGAGCCUCUGCGGCGCCAGACCAGCAGCGUUGGGGGACCAGUCAGUGGACGACAUGGAGUCCUGCCUCCACAGCCCCAGCUACGCCCGCUCCAGUGACAUGUACACACAUGUGGGCACUGUGCCCCGCAGCGAGAGGCAGAAGAAGAGCAGCAGGAGUCUGAAGGAAAAGAAGAAGAGGGGGAAGGAUGAGGAGGAUGAUGGGGGGGUGAGUGGAGGGCAGGGCCAGUGGAAGGCGGGGGAGCAUGUCCCAGACUCCCUCCUGCUCAGUGCCCUGUCCAGCCUCACUUUGACCAGCGCGGACCGACCUCUGCCUGUUUCUCCAACGGCCCGGCCGCUGCCCGCCACUCCAACGCCCAGUCGAGCCUCACCUUUGACCUCAGGCCCCGAAGGCUUCCGACGUCCUUCAGGAGAACUCGGUAAGAGCCAGGAGGCACCAUCGAGGAGCAAGGAUGCUUUAGAAACCAGCAGACCUGUGAACAAUCUAUCCAACAUGGCAACUAAUGGCCCCAAAGUGGUUCCAGCGCAGGAUGUGUACGUACCGAUGGACCCGAUCACUGAAGCUGCUCGCUACAACCAAAGAGAGAAGCAGCAAAGAGACCCAGCACAGGAACCCACAGCCGGGGGGGGCGGCUCACAGGAUGUAAG